CCAGUGUAUCUGCGUACAUUUCUAGCAUGUACAGCUCCCCAAGUGCAUCCCCUGCUGGUUCCUAUUCAAGUUCAGGUUCAGCAUAUGCUCAGUCUGCAGCUGCCACUCCGGCUUCGUGGGCAGCUUCGUCGCAGUACACUUCGCCCCCCACCGUGUCUUCGGCUGGUACUUGGUCCACGAUGCCGUAUUCUUCUUUCGUCUCGGGUGGCUACAGUAGCAUGAACUGUGGUUACGGUUAUACCAAAAGUUCUGACGGGACUUGUCAAUCUGAAUCAUGGUGGUCCACCGAAGGAUGUUAUGAGACAAUCAUCAUCAAUCACAGCUACGAUUAUUACAGUUCAUGCUAUACGGAAACCUCUACGGUGACGGAGACCUCGACGAAGACCGAGUACUGGACGGUUACUGCGACAACGACAUCAACAGAAACUGUACCUACCACUGUCUAUUGGACCGAGACUAAAACAAAUACUCGAACUGA